UAUAUAUGUUUUGAAUAUGUGGAUUUUUUGUGUGAGUUAAUAAUGAAGAAAUUAUUAGUCUUUUUUAGUAGUCUCUCUUCUGGCUGGGUACUGUUAUUUGUGUAUGUUGUUAGGACAUAUGUGAUUCACUUGUUAGGAGCAUAUGUCACUAUUUUAUAUAAUUGGCUUAUCUUUUGACAAAACGCACUUUACUUGUAUUUGGGUAGAUCUAGGAUGUAUAUAAUACUUCAAGAAACUGUGUUUUAUGAUCAAGUGUUGAAGACAUGCAAGUCUAUCCAAGAUUCAAGCUGAAGAAGUGUUGUUCAUUAAAUCUCGACAGCUAGCUAUCCAUCGAGCUUAAGAAGCUGUUCCAGCCCCGUGGCUCGACAACUGCUCGAUAGCACCUCGACAGACAGCUAUCUGUCAAGCUUUAUGAAAAACAGAAUUCUAGUUCUGUUUUGACUCUAAUUCGUGAUUAUGUGUUUAGGCCUUCUUUUCUUCUAACUCUAGACAUAUAAAAGGAUUAUUUUAAGAGCCGUCAAAGUGUACACAAGUUGCACAAGUGUUGAGCAAAAUUUGUUUAAGCAAUUUGUAACCAGAGACAAAAUUUUGCCCUAGUUCAUCAUUCUUGUGAAGAAGUUGCUGUGUAUGUGCACCGUAGGGUUUUGUGACCAAGUAUCUUCUUGAUCUUCAUCGUUAGGAUGAAUUGAAGAAUUUUGCAGCCAACAACCUUCUCUAGUUGGAGAUUGAAGUCGCGUACUGGAUCCGCGCAUUGGUUAGUCACGUACUUGGGAGCCGUGCAUCAAAAGGAGAAAUUGUCACUACAGAAUAAGUUUAAUUGGGUAUUGAGGUAAGGGUUCAACUGUAGGUUGGUAUAAGGUACUGGGAUUCCUUUACUUGUAACCACUUGUUGUGAUAAUAGUGGAAUUUCGGGAGUGGUGACCUGAAAAUCACCCGAUGGGGUUUUUGCCAUUAAGUUUUCCCCAUUCGUAAACAAAUCACCGUGUCAUUUAUUUUCCGCUACAUAUUUAGUUAUUUGGUGAUUUGUUUGUGCUACCACGCGUUUGCAUGUUAAUUAACUUAAUUAAUUCACUUGCCUAAAUUAAUUGGUUAAUUUAUCACAAGGGGUUAAUUCGUUUUUGGCCUAUCACAUGUUAUUUGUAUAUAAUUAUUUAAUUAAAUUAGUGGACCUCUAAACUUUAAUUAAUUUUUUCAUGUUAUUUAGUUUACAAUAUAUUCAGAGGUAGUGUUGUUAAUUUAGUGCUUUUGUUUUUAACUUUUAUAAUAAGUUUAUCUAUCACAAUUUAGACAAGAAUAAUUGUUAAUAUUUAUGUCAUUUUUGAAGGGUGUAGAUAUAAUGCCGGUUGAUAAAUCUUGGAUCAAUCUUUCUAGUAGGUCAUGUGAGGAAUAUAAAAAUGGAGUAAUAGAGUUUGUUGAUUAUGCAUUUCAACAUAUCAAAGAUGAAGCUAUGAAGAUAAAAUAUCCUUGUAAUGAUUGUAACAAUAGAUAUAGAAGAACAUGAGUUGAGGUUACAAGAGACCUCUUAUGGAAAGGAUGAGGCGUGAUUAUACUAGAUGGCAUCUCCAUGGAGAGGGAAAUAGUGAUGAGGAUGAGGAAGGUAGUGAUAAGGAUGAUGAUAAUAGUAGUGAUGAUGAACAAAAUAUUGAUGAUAUCCAUAAUAUGAUACGGGAUGCUUAUCCUUAUAUGAGAGAUGUUGAGGAAACAAGUGGGAGUGAAUCGCAAGAUCCAAAUGAAGAAGCAAAGGAGUAUUAUAGAUUUGUUAAAGAGGCAGACCAACCACUUUAUUUGGGAUGUAAAAAGUAUUCCAAUUUGUAUUUUAUUGUCAAAUUAAUGCACAUAAAGUGCAAGAAUUCAUGGAGCAACAACUCAUUCACGAUUUUGUUGGAGCUAUUGAAGGAUGCAUUUCCAAUGUGCGAAAAAAUUGCCCAUAUCCCACUAUGGGGCAAAGAAGAUUGAGAGUGAUCUUGGUCUAAACUAUGAAAAGACCGAUGCAUGCAAAAAUGAUUGUAUGCUAUAUUACAAGGAGCAUUCGGAAUCAGAUAAGUGCUCAAUUUGUUAGAUCUCAAGAUGGAAGUUGAAUAGCAAGGGUGGUAAAAGGGAUGCUAAAAAAGUCCCAUGGAAGGUAUUACGAUAUUUUCCUCUUAAGCUGAGGCUACAAAGAUUAUUUAUGCCAUCAAAAAUAGCUCCAGACAUGAGAUGGCAUCAUGAGAAUCAUUCUAAUGAUGAAGUACUAAGGCAUCCCGCAAACGCUGAGGCUUAGAAAUCAUUUGAUCGAACUCAUGAGUCCUUUUCCUCAGAUCCUCGCAAUGUAAGGCUUGGGUUAGCUACCAAUGGCUUUAAUCCUUUUGGAAACAUGAGUGUUAGCUAUAGUUGUUGGCCUGUUGUCGUAUUCCCUUACAGCAUUCCCCCAUGGAUGUGUAUGAAAGAGCCUUACCUAUUCAUGUCUCUACUUAUUUUGGGCCAAAAGGGUCCUGGUAAUGAUAUUGAUGUAUUUUUAAGGCCAUUAAUUGAUGAGUUAAAAGAAUUAUGGGAAAAGGGUGCUAAAACCUAUGAUGCUUCAACGCAGGAAAACUUUCAAAUGAGAGUUGCAUUAAUGUGGACUAUCAAUGACUUUCCUGCGUAUGCUUAUACCUCAGGUUGGAGUACACAAGGGAAUCUUGCAUGCCCUUGUUGUGGUAGUGAGACUUAUCAUCGUAGGUUAAAGCAUGGUAGCAAAAUGUGCUAUAUGGGUCAUCAUCGAUUUCUUCCUUCUGACCAUAAAUGACGAUCACAGAAAGCACAAUUUGAUGGUAAGAGAGAGAGAAAAGGGGCACCAAAACAAUUAUCUGGUGAUGAUGUGCUGAAUCAACUUAGUACUCUGCCACCAGUACCACUAGGCAAGGCCGUUAAAAGGAAAAGGUUACCUGGGCAUGGAAAGAGCCACAAUUGGAAGAAGUGUAGUAUUUUCUUUGAUUUGCCGUAUUGGAGAACAUUGUUGUUGCGUCAUAAUUUAGAUGUGAUGCACAUUGAAAAAAAUAUAUGUGAUAGUGUGAUGGGGACAGUAUUAGAUAUUGAUAAGAAAAGUAAAGAUUCCUUAAAUGCUAGGCUCGAUCUAAAAAUGAUGGGUAUACGAAAGGAACUUCAUCCUGAAGAUGGGAAGACUACUUUUCCUCGUGCUUGUUAUACACUCUCAAAAGGUGAGAAAAAGGUUGUGUUUCAGAGGUUGCAAAAUGUAAAGGUUCUGGAUGGUUACUCCGCAAAUUUGUCUCGGUGUGUGAAUGUAGGAGAACAGAAGAUUUUUGGUAUGAAAACUCAUGACUGUCAUGUCUUCUUAGAGAGAUUACUCCUUCUUGUAGUGCGUGAAUUAUUACCUAAAAAGGUAUCUGAUGCUUUGAUUGAGCUUAGCAAUUUUUUAAAAGAAUUAUGCUCUAAAGUUUUACGGUUGGAGGACUUGGAGCAUAUGGAGCACACAAUUCCUAUAAUUCUUUGUAAGUUAGAAAGAAUUUUUUCACCUGCUUUCUUUGAUGUAAUUUUACACUUGCCAAUUCAUCUACCUUGGGAAGCUAAAGUUGCCGGUCCAAUGCAAUAUCGAUGGAUGUAUCCGAUUGAAAGGUAUUUGUGUAAGCUCAAGGGUUAUGUUCGUAACAAGGCACACCCAAAAGGGUCGAUUGCAGAAGGGAGAAGCCACCCUUCUGGGAAGAGUGCAGUACGAGAGUUAAACAACACUAAUUACUAUGCAGCAUCGCUUUAUGUCCUACAAAAUUGUGAUGAGAUCGAGCCCCUUGUUCAAAAACAUAGGAACAUCCUUGUAGACUUGGGUGUCAAUGUUGACGAGAUGCAUAGACAUGAGUUCAUUUGUUCGUUCAAAGAAAGGAUCACAAAACUUUAUAAUGAUGGAAACAAGCAAGUUGACGAGCAUGUGCGAUCAUUGGCUUGGGGUCCAGAUAAAUGAGCUACACAUUACCCUUGUUACAAUGUCAAUGAGUUUAGGUUUCAUACUAAACUACGCGAUGAUGGUAAACAAACACAAAAUAGUGGUGUAAUGUUGAAAGGGGAAUAUCAAAAUGUCUUAUUAUGGAUUGAUAACAGACAUCAUCGAACUCCGUUACACAAAGGGGAAUUUUGUUGUUUUGUUUAAAUGUGAUUGGUAUGAUGUAGCUCGAGAAGGAAUUGGUUAUAAGCUAGAUCGUCAUGGGAUCACUAGUAUUAAUAGAACACGUAAGCUAAACACACAAGAGCCAUUUGUGUUAGCAUGUCAAGCAAUACAAGUUUACUAUGUAAAUCGUAUAAAAGAUCUAGCAUGGAGUGUUGUGAUUGAGACCAAGCCAAGAAAUCUUUAUGACAUGCCCACAAAUGAAGAAGAGCCUUAUCAAGAAGAAGAGGUUCAAAGAUUCAAUACACAUGUGGCCGAAGCAAAUGAAGAAGAUGAUGAGAUGACCGAGAGUAGAUGGGCUUUAAUUCUAUGCAGGAACCUACUACACAGACCAAUGUUGGAGGAGGAAAUCAAAACGUGGAUGAAAACACAGAAGAUGACUUUGAGGAGGAAGAUGACUCAGAUGGAUCUCAAAAAGAGAAUACUGACUCAAAUGAUGAUUGAUCUUCCAAUAUUUAUGUUUUCAAGUUUGGUGAAGGAUAUUAUAGCUUUCAAGUAGACGUUUUAAUAUUUUUUAUUCUAUUUUGUAGAUGUUUUAAAUUAAAGGUAAUUUAAAAUGCAAAAUGCAACCCCAAUCCAAACCAAAGGGGUCAAUAUCGUACUGGAGACUGUUUCGGUUUAGCUAUGAAAACAAUAUAUUUCGGUACUGGUUAAUACCAGUGUAUCGUUUCGA